UUUUCCCACUCCUGCCCUCGUCCAGCGCAUCCCAUCCCCUUCUGGAGCUACCCCCCAGCUGUCUCGAGACUGUAUCUCCUCCCACUACGCACCACAGCUCGCCGACUCCAAUUCCCAUGCGUAUAGCAUGCCUGCCCGGCCAGCAGUCUCCCUCGGUCAUGGCUGUCUCUGCCAGGGACUUAUCCAAACUUUCAUCUACCCUCUAUCUUCACAUGCCUAUGCUUUACCAGCGGCUGCCGAGGCUCAAAGCCUCGAAGACCGACCUAUGUAGGGCGACCAGAAGUGCCCACUUGAGUCUGCUAUCAGGCCGUCGGUCAUGUCCGAACGUUGGUCCCGUCGAUAAAGCCAGAUGUUCACCCAGAUACUCAGCCUCGGUCUGACCGACCAUCCAUCCGAGACGGUCUCCAGACAGUACUACUCGCCCUCAACUAUCACUCUGCUCAGCAUGAGAGUCAUCUCACCACCAACAUCCACCCCGGGCCAGCUGCCCGUCGACAUUCAGGCCCUGGUCAACCAGACCAUCAGCUCCCUCAAAGACCUUGUGCCUCCGACCGCCUCCAUUGUGAAGGACACGAUCAAGGAUGCCAUCUUCCAAGCCAUCGAUGCGAUCGAUGCGGAUAUGCGAGAGCUCAACCUGGCCAUACAUGAAAAUCCCGAGCUUGGAUUCAAAGAGUUUAAAGCCCACGAGAACUUGGUAGCGAGCUUGAGCAAGCUAGGCUUUGAUGUGACCAAUCCCUCCAGUCUCUCCACCGCAUUUGUCGCCUCCUACACUCACGGAGAGGACGGCCGGGUUUUCGGAUUCAACUCUGAAUUCGAUGCUCUACCCAACGUUGGCCAUGCCUGCGGACAUAACCUCAUCGCUGUGGUAGGCGUUGCCGCGGCUGUUGGGCUCAAAGCUGCCUUGAAAGCCUGCAAUAUAGCAGGGACUGUCAAGCUUAUUGGCACACCUGCGGAGGAGGGUGGAGGUGGAAAGGUCAUUCUCCUCAGGGAAGGUGUCUACGACGACCUCGACGCCUGUGCCAUGGCUCAUCCUGGAGGUGGAUCCGGGCCGCCCGAGUAUGAGGGAUCAUGUACAGUCGGCGGGCCGGGCACUUUGGCCAGGGCUGGGUUUGAGAUUGAGUUUUUCGGCAGGGGCGCUCAUGCCGGCGCCGCUCCCUGGAUGGGUAUCAAUGCUCUCGAUGCUGCCGUGCAAGGCUAUACCGCAGUGUCGAUGUUGCGGCAACAGCUCGAGCCCACUAUGCGAGUCCACGGCAUCAUCCUAGGGUCGGAGCAGUGGGCACAGAACAUUAUCCCUAGUUAUUCCAAGGUGUCAUACAGCACGAGAGCGCUGGACGUCAAGAGCUGUCUGGAGCUUCGAGGCAAGGUUGUUGCGUGCUUCAAAGCAGCUGCCGAGGCUACUGGCUGUACAAUGAAAGUCAAAGCUGAAGAGGAUGAGGUAUACGCCGACUUGAGGAAUAACGAGCCAAUGGCCUACUCAUACCAAGCUUUCAUGGAAAAUGUUAUCGGACAAAAGAUCACCAUGGGUGGGAUGUCCACAGCAAGUACAGAUUUUGGCAACGUCUGUUACAAAGUCCCCGCCAUCCAUCCCGGUUUCGAGAUACCAUGUCCUCUUGGGUCUGGCAACCACACGGCAGGCUUCACCGAGUCGGCCGGCAAGCUGGAAGCCCACAAGCUGGCCAUGAAGGUGGCCAAGGGGCUGGCAGCUGUCGGGGCCAAGUUCCUGGUGGACGAUUCGUUUGCAGACGAGACGAAAAAGGCUUUUGAAAGGUUCAAGAGGGGCAAGGGACGAAAGUGUCAAUGAUGAACAUUUGACCAUGGAUCGUUUGACUAGGCCGAAGAAAGUUUCAAAGAACCUAAAAUACCAAGUAAGAUCAAUUAACC